AGGAAACGGUCAACACCAUCGUCAAAGAUCUGCUCGUCAAGACUGCUAUCAACGAGAGAGAGAGAGAGAGAGUGAGAACGAUGCGUCGUCCCGUGGUGACCUUGCUAUCACCAAGUCCCUCUGCGUCACGCCGGGCUCAAGAGAUUCUUGGUUCAGUCUUUGGAUUGGAGCAAGCAGAGGACGAUGCCUUCAGUGCGUCAACGGGGCAGGAGCAGCAGGAUGACUUGAAUGACAGGUUUGCGUCGUCGUUGGGAUCCGCUGUCAGUAUGCAGUGGGACUCCGUUGUCUCGGAAUGCCCUACAUCUGGAACUCUACUACAUUGGUUGGCUGUGGAUAACGAUAACAAAAAGGAGAUCCAAGGAGGAUCCUUUUCUCUUCUGGGAAUCACUACUAGUACUACCAGUACCACUACCAAUACCACUACUAACAAUACAUGUAGUAAGACCACGGGCAAUCAUCCAAUCUCAUCCGAGACUCGAAGCAUCAUCAACUCCCACUUGCCUUCCCAAUUGAUGCCCCUCAGACUUCGUCACUUGUUCAACAGACAAAUUACUUCGGAAGCACUGCUUUCCAGGCAUCAGGGACUCCCCAUUCUGGAAUUGGAAUUGGAUUCAUCAGGUUCACCUAGUGCAAGUGCAAGUGCAAGUACCAGUACCACUGAUUCAAACUAUCUCAAGGAAGUUGCAUUCACAAUGUACGAUGAUGCAACCUAUGAAGAUGGAUCAUCUGUACUUCACAAGUUGGCAAACCUACACAGACCCGUAACGGGAGUCUACCAAUUCCCAACUCAUUCACAGGCACUUUGUAUGAGACCUCUUCCUGCUGCCAAGCAAGAUUUGAGAGGACCUCCUCUGGUAUUGACUUUUCAUUGCCAAGAUGUACAAGAACAGAUAGUACAUGUACAAAACAGUCACAACGACAACCACAACAAUUCGUUCAACGUUCAAUGGGCCAAGAUCGGCUUUCGAGGUCAUAUGAGUGGCGGACAGCUUCGAUUCCUGGCCACUUCCAAAGAAAACAGCCAUUUUCCACUCUUGUCGGGGCUCGAUAUUCGAUGGUGCGAUGCAACCAACCAGUCAAGUGUAUUUCACGAAGCACAGGAAGCAUUGUUGGCAAGUUCGUUGCCAGAGCUACAAUCCACCAAUGUGCUCAAGGGAACAGGAAAACAGCAAGCUGGAGCCGAAGACCAACGAAUUGGAUCGUCGGAUUGCUGGGUGGAAGUACGAACCAUGGUACAAAAUCCAAGAGGAUUCAUGGCUAACGCUAACAAUACCGGCAGUGGCAGUGGCAAGCCAAAGGUCGCGACAGCCCCUCCGUCGUAUCCAGAGUAAUCAACCGUGUACAUGUAUACCAAGUACGGUACCAGUACCCACCUGAUGAUACCGCAGUGAAUUGAAGAAGCUACACAUAUGUGACACAAGGAAGCACUCAUUUGCGUUUUGUAUUUAGCCAGGCCAAUCUCUAACCCUUACAUAGCUCGUCUAUUCAUGGCUUGCUACGGGUGGAUGCAUAGCACUCACAGAGACCUACCGGUACUUGCUCGGCUUCCAGCUCGCGUAAACUAGCUACCGUACUGUACAUGUAAUUACAUAAGAAGACUACGAAUGACAAAAGUACAGCACCAGGUUUUGCGAUGUACAAACUGGCUGAGUCGAGUGAGUCACCUUUUGUCUCGCCUUAGCAUUGAUACAUUCUAAUAAAAAGAUACUUACUGCAGUCCGUGUUACCCAUUCGCUCCGAUGUGGAUUGGUGCAGGAGGCUGCUAUGCAUACCCGCUACCACCAGUAUGAAAAAGCACACGCGAUAAGCGAUGUUGAACUGAAUCCGUACUCUCAUGGUCUCACAUGAUUCGAUUCAUGAUGGCUCAUUUACAUCAUGUACCAUGAGUUUCUUUGGUGUUCCCGCGACUAAAUCAGGGAACACAGUGGAAACACCACACGAGUGAACUGAAUCACACU